GUGCUGCAUGCUUUUCUUGCUUUAUCAGUCUUUGAGUUUAGCAACAAGCUAAGCUGCUACAAGAAGAAGAAGUUUGUGUGUGUCGGAAAUGGCGGAUGAUGAGGUUGUUGUUUUGGGAUUCUGGCCAAGCAUGUAUGGGACGAGGGCAACGAUAGCUCUGGACGAGAAGGGUGUCAAGUAUGAGUACAGAGAGGAGGACUUGAGGAACAAAAGCUCACUGCUUCUGCAGAUGAACCCGGUUCAGAAGAAGAUCCCAGUUCUCAUCCACAACGGUAAACCGGUCUGUGAGUCACUCAUCAUUGUGCAAUACAUUGAUGAGGUUUGGGAGGGUAAAGCUCCUUUGCUUCCCUCUGAUCCUUACCAGAGAGCUCGGGCCAGGGUCUGGGCUGAUUUCAUUGAUAAGAAGGUAAUUAAUGAAGUUGUUUUCUGUAUAAUUUCCCCUUUUCCUUUUCCUUUUAAUUUCAUUUUGGAUGUGAUUUGGGUUUGCAUGGAUUUUUACCAUCUUGAAUUUUUGUUUUCAUGUGUUUUGGAAUAUCAUUCUCUUUUUGUGAUCAUACUGAAAAAAAAAAAAAAUUUGGACAUAUUUGAAAUUGGUAUGUUUCACAAAUCCAAAUUGAAAGAAAUUCAGAGCACACACACAUAUAUAUAUAUACUUGAGGAAGCCAAGAAGGAAUUCAUCGACAUCCUUAAGCAGUUGGAAGGAGAGCUUGGAGACAAGCCUUACUUUGGGGGUGAGAGCUUUGGGUUCUUGGACAUUGCUCUCAUCACAUCCUACAACUGGUUUUAUGCAUUUGAGACGCUUGGAAACUUCAGCACAGAGGCAGAGUGCCCCAAGCUGAUUGAAUGGGCCAAGAGGUGCAUGCAGCGGGAGAGCGUUUCGAAAUCUCUUGCCGACCCUAAAAAGGUGUAUGAGUUUCUUCUUGGCUGGAUAGCUGGAUAGCUGGAUAGAAUAGGCUGCUAGCCAGUCCUGCAAUCAAAUGUUAUGUUGUUGUUCUCUUCUGGUUCAUUUUCCUUUCAACUUUGUUUUUCCAGUGAGAGAUCCUUUGGUUGUGUGUGUGUCUAAAUUAUGUUUUUUGGUUGAUUGUUGAUACUUGAAUGACUUAAACUUCUUUGCUAUAAAAAGUUCACAACAAUUUGAUAAUUUGACUGCAAAACCAAACAAAAGGAGAGCAUAUGACAAGA